AUGUGGGUAUCGAUUCCCCCACUCGCUGCAGUCCUCGCGAGUAUGUUGGCGCUUGCGAAUGUGAACCUCGCGCAGUCAGCUACCUCCACUACCAGUACCUCAGAGUCGGGAUAUUUGAUCGGGUGGUAUAUUGGGCCAUCGUCUACGGAACGGCUCACGGCCGCUAGUCCCUGGGUGACAUCGGGGACGUAUGCUGGAGAGUGUACCACUACUGAUGUUGAUCAGUGUGUCCUGCCUACAGCAUGUUAUGAUAACGUCCUUACAUAUAAUAAUGGCCAGACAUAUGACUGCGGCACGGGCAUGUCCUGUGUGACGUUCACGGCUUACGAAACAUCCCCAAACGGACUCCCCUCUGCCAGCAACAUUAUUUGCGGCGUCUGGACUGCUUGGACAAUUUAUCAUGAGCUCCCAUCCUCUACAUCUACUUCAUCCGCAAAUUCUACGACGGGCGCGCCAUCUGUCACGCCCGGUCCGUCCAAUAUCACAGCCACUACAACAAGCACAAGCCAAACGCAGAACAAUACCUCCGAACCGCCCUCGUCUUCCUCAUCCGGCAGUCAGGCCUGGAUCGCUGGUGCCGUAAUUGGCCCCCUCGCAGGUUGCGCUAUCAUUGGUGCCGCUGUGUUCCUCUUUUUCCGUCGUAAAACCAACUUGGACUAUACUGCACCACCGCAAACACUGCUCCCACAAGAUGGGUUGUAUCACGGACUCGGCGCGAAGCCCUAUUCACGGGGGACAUCGGAGUUGCCCAGUGCGGAAUAUCAUGGAUAUACGCCAGUUGCUGAGCUGCCGAGUAACCAACAGGCAUAUGAACUAUCCUCAGCACGAGACUGA